AUGACAUUUCAUUAUUCUCAUGGUUUUCCAGAUUCACAAGUCAUCAUACUAGUAGAUAUUUCAUUCUCCUCUGCCUCUCUGCAAUCCAAGAUGCGGGGUGACACAACUAUGGAAGAGAUUAUGAAUUCCUACUACACCAUUCCUAUCCAGUACAUUUGUUGGAAGAUUGAUCUGAUAAGAGACAGGAGGCAAAUUAAACGAUAUUUGGGACUAUUUCUGGGGAAUUACUUGUCUUUCCAUAUUUCUGAAUCAGAAGCUACAGAAAUAUGGAAAAGAAUAACAGAAGAGAAUUACCAACAAGGAGUAUGUGAAGAAGAUUACGAAUUUCUUGAAAUCAUGGUUAACAAAUUGAAAUUUUGGAAAGACAAAGAGUUUCUUUCAUUCAUGGUUGAUGGAAAUGGCUUGACUCUGAGACAUCUCAGUGAUAAAUUUAGAAACGAUAAAGAAAUUGUGUUGAAUGCUGUUAAAAAUAACGGCUUAGCUCUGGAAUUCGCCAGUGUUAACAUGAGAAAUGAUAAACAGGUUGUGCUGAGGGCCAUUAAAAAUAAAAUUGGAGCUCUGGAGUAUGCUAGCACCGAGCUGAAGAAGGACAAGGAUGUGAUUUCAGUUGUUCAAAACCCAAUAACAUGGUAUAUGUAUGGGCUUAUUUCAAAAUUAUAA